CGCGCGCGUCCGAGCGGGUUGCCCGGCUGCCCGAGUAGCCGCUGCGGUGGACCUCGCCGGUGCCCCGAGCCCCGUCGGCGCUUCUCACUGACCCCUGCGGGCCCCGCAACCUGGGAAGGAGGCCGCUCCAGGCCGGGCGCCGGCUCUACGCGGCAGCCUUGCAACCCGGAAAGGCGGCCGGCGGAGCCCGGAGCCGGAUUCUGCUCGGACCCGGCCCCCGCGGGCAUGUCGGAGGCGAGGAAGGGGCCGGACGAGACGGAUGAGAGCCAGUAUGACUCGGGCAUCGAGUCUCUGCGCUCUCUGCGAUCCCUGCCCGAGCCCGCCCCUGCCCCGGCCUCGGCCUCCGGGCCCUCCGACGGCGGCGGCUCCCAGCCCUGGACCCAUCCUCCCCGAACCGCCAAGGAGCCACAGGAGAAGGAAGACACAGAUGGGGAGCGGGCUGACUCCACCUAUGGCUCCUCGUCGCUCACCGAGCCCCUGACCUUGUUGAGGAGCCCCGAGACCGAGGACCCAGCUCCAGGCUCGCCGCUCCCCCCUGCGGGGGCGCUGAACCCUCAGCAGCUGGAAGCCCUCACUUACAUCUCUGAGGACGGAGACACGCUGGUCCACCUGGCGGUGAUUCAUGAGGCCCCAGCUGUGCUGCUCUUUUGCCUGACUUUGCUGCCCCAGGAGGUCCUGGACAUUCAGAACAACCUUUACCAGACAGCACUCCAUCUGGCUGUACAUCUGGACCAGCCGGGUGCAGUUCGGGCCCUGGUGCUGAAGGGGGCCAGCCGGGUGUUACAGGACCGGCACGGUGACACAGCCCUGCAUGUGGCCUGCCAGCGCCAGCAUCUGGCCUGUGCCCGCUGCCUGCUGGAGGGACGGCCAGAGCCAGGCAGAGGACCGGCCCACUCCCUGGACCUCCAGCUGCAAAACUGGCAAGGUCUGGCUUGUCUCCACAUCGCCACCCUUCAGAGGAACCGGCCACUCAUGGAACUGCUGCUUCAGAAUGGAGCUGACAUUGACGCACAGGAGGGCACGAGUGGGAAGACAGCACUGCAUCUGGCCGUGGAGACCCAGGAGCGGGGUCUGGUGCAGUUCCUUCUCCAGGCUGGUGCCCGGGUAGACGCCCGCAUGCUCAAUGGGUGCACACCCCUGCACCUCGCGGCGGGCCGGGGCCUCAGCAGCAUCUCAUCCACUCUGUGUGAGGCGGGUGCUGACUCCCUGCUGCGGAACGUGGAGGAUGAGACUCCACAGGACCUGGCUGAGGAUCCCCUUGCUCUUUUGCCCUUCGAUGACCUGAAGAUCUCAGGGAAGCCCCUGCUGUGUGCUGACUGAAGCCAGGGCAGGGUCUGGGGCCCGGGGGCUCCACCUCUUCCCAUCUGGAAGCUGGAGCCACAGCUGCUGCAGUUUGGUUGGGCCCAGGCAAUGUGCCCUUCUGGUGUCCUGGGGACUGCUGAGGCCAGAGCCUGGGGCCAGCACAGUCCUGAGCUGAGAGGAGAGAGCCCGUCUGGAAGGAAGAGCUUCCCAGGUGCAUGGAGAUUCUGAGAAGAUUCCCAAAGCCCCGGGAUACUUGGCGGAGCCUGUUUGCCUCUCUUGAAGACGGCAGAGGCUGUCGUUUCCACCCACGUUGGGUUAGCCUGCAACUGCCAACCAGAAGGAAAACAUGGACUCUCCUGAGUGAGGAGAGAAACUGAAAUAUGAGCAAGCAGGGCCCUGAGGGGUUCCACCUCACUGCUGCUGAGGACUCUUAACACUGUUGUUUAAAGACUUCACACAGACGGCCGUGAACUGAGCCUCUGGGGAAGGGGAAGUUUCAAUAACAUGACACUAAAAUGGCAUAGACUUUUUGAAAAGUU